AUGCCCGGAAAUGCGUUGGAAAUGGAAUCGGGACGAAAAACGGCGAAAACGGGUGCAGAAGAGGUCACACGACUCGUGUGGAUAGUGACACGGGUCGUGUGGGUUGAAGAAAUAAGAGACACAGCUACGGCUUUUCCACACGACUCGUGUGGCCCGUCCACCUCUCUUAGAUUCUCGUCUCUCACUCUCACGGCGGUAUUAGCACGACCAGAGGCUCACCUCAGGCGCUCGCGUCUUCACCGGAUUCCAUUCAGGUGUUCUGUCAUGGCUGGCGACUGGACAAGAUUUUUUAAGAUCAUUCUUGACACACAAAUGAGCUCCCUGUCUCUCCCACCUGCAAUUUGCGAAUAUCAUGAGUCUGAGCUUCCAAAGAAAUGUAUAAUCGAGACUAGAGAAGGACGUGAGUAUGAAGUCAUGAUGAAAAUGGUGGAUAAUGGCCCGACCUUGGUUGAUGGAUGGGAUACUUACGUUCAAGAAGAGUACAUUGAACUACAUAACAUUAUGUUUUUCAAACGAAAGAGCAAGUUCCAUUUCGACGUUAUGCCAAUUCCAAUGCCGUUUUGGAGAGACCACAUCGAGGAUAACUAUGACAACUACACCACGGCGGUCCUCAUCUUCGAUAAGAAGGUUUAUAAACUGGAUGUAAUUCAUGGAAAUGGCAAGAAAUUGUUGCAAUACCGUGGAGCUCGUAAGUUUGUGAUUGAUAGUGGUAUUGUCGUUGGUUCUUCAUGCAUGUUCACACACGUCGGACCUCACAAGCCGGAUGAUGUGAUCACGUUCAGGGUUAAGAUUUAA